AUGCCUGGCAACUCAGGCAGUUCCUACUACCCCUACACCGUCACCAACGGCGGAACCAACAGUCAGGGAAAUAGCUGGGACACUCGCCAACAACCCUCGGGCUCGGCUUACCACUACUCGAACUCCAAUGGCUCAUACUACUACUCCAAUGCCAACGGUAGCACCUACUAUAACAAUGGCAGCGGAUCAUCGACCUACACGACACCAAAUGGCAAUGUGACCAAGAAAUAG